AUGGCGACGCGCAGCUCGCACCGCUUGUCCUUGCAAGUGAUGAGGUCCUUGACGAUAAGCAAACAAUUCAUACGAAAUCUUCAUAAGAACACGGGCACCCCUUCUCCGCCGUCACCCACUCCCUUCGUUCCCGAUGUCGAGACCUUUCUUAAAUUGAUCGGUCGUGGGAUGCACAAGCACGCGAGCAAGCUGCCUUCCUGGGAUAAGCUAUUCACUUCCAGUUCCACUGAACUUCGAGAUCUGGGCAUUGAGCCCGCACGUCAGCGGCGUUACCUGCUUCGCAAGAUGGACAAGUUCAGGCAGGGGAUCUAUGGGCCCGGUGGAGACCUGGAGAACGUGGUCGAUGGCGUUGCGCAGCUUCGAGUUGUUGAAGUCCCAACACUGAACAAGGAAACGUCGCACCCUUUGAAUUCCUCGGCUACUUUAUCUCCGGGGAUGAAAAGAGUCAUUGUCAACAUUGCGCCGGAUGCUUCUGAAUACACUCAUGAUCCCACGAAACCCCUCAAGAAGUUUGCCCGCAUGAAGAUCACUGCCGGUUCUGCUAUCAGUGGCCCGUAUCUCCAACCGAUCAAAGGCACAAAUGGUAGUGCGGCCCUAAUCAAGGUCGAAGAGGGCAUGUGGGAGGACAAGCUCGGCCAGAAAGUGGACGGUGGUGAAAGGAGACGUGCUGAAGUUCGGGCCAAGAAGCGAAGCGAAGAGAGGAAGAAGGGAGUCUAA